AUGUCGUCCAGUAACGCACCAGUGACAAACGAGUCCAUUAUUGUUACGUGGGACUCGUCCGCUGAAUGUCACGUGGUAUCCUACUACAUCCACGCCAGCCUGGGAGUAUUCAUCAGUCUCAUAGCCACCAUUGCUGUUGUUGGCAACUCUUUAGUUCUGUAUGUAUACACAAG